UUGGUUUGUCGUAGUGAAACAACGAGACACUUGCUACAAAUUAAUUACAUGUUUCACUGUGCGUGGGUACAAUCAUAGAAAUAUUUCAAUUGGCGUUCAUAUUUGGAUAAAAUUCAAGUGUCGCUAUUUGAGAAUCAUUGAUUUUGUACUUUUAUUUUAUUUUGUUUACUUGCAAAAGAGGUUCCGGUUUAGCUUGUUUUCCGAGGGUGAAGUUCGCUGAUAUCUGGGAAGACGUUUCUUUCAGUAGAAAAGUUGUUUGUAGCCAGCUGCAUUAGUAUUUUUUUAUUUUAAACAUAUUAUAUUAACAACAAACAUUGCCGACGGAAGGAUUGGUGCGGAAAGUAACGCGCCGUGGUGAGUUCAGGGUCCGAUUCAGAGUGAAGGAAAACGCGCAUGUUAGAUAAUACUAUCUCCAGACCGUGGAGAAAAUGACAGAGUCACCAGACAGUCGGGCUAAAACGCUGAACUUUAAUGUCGGGGUGCUCGGCCAUGUGGACAGUGGGAAGACCUCGCUGGCCAGAGCGCUGAGCAGCACAGCCUCCACGGCCGCCUUCGACAAGAACCCGCAGUCCCGUGAGAGAGGCAUCACCCUGGACCUGGGCUUCUCCUCCUUCACCGUGGAUUGUCCUGAUCACCUGCGUGACAGCGGGGGACAGCAACCCUAUGACAGCCUCCAGUUCACCCUGGUGGACUGUCCGGGACACGCCUCUCUCAUUCGGACCAUCAUUGGAGGUGCGCAAAUCAUCGACCUGAUGAUGCUGGUGGUGGACGUGGUGAAAGGUGUGCAGACUCAGACUGCAGAGUGUCUGUUGAUAGGAGAACUGACCUGCCCCCGCAUGGUCGUCGUCCUGAACAAGAUCGACCUGCUGCCGCCUAACAAGAGACAAAGUGCCAUUGAGAAAAUGACCAAAAGGCUACACAAAACACUGGAGAGCACCAGAUUCAAGGAAUGUCCGGUGAUUGCUGUGGCAGCGAAGCCUGGAGGCCCAGAGGCCCCUGAAACAGAGGAGCCACAGGGAGUGCCAGAGCUAAUUGAGCUUUUGAAGCGACAGACGUACCUCCCCAAGAGGGAUGCUAAAGGUGACCUUCUUAUGGCUGUGGAUCACUGCUUCUCCAUCCGCGGUCAGGGAACGGUCAUGACUGGGACCAUCCUGCAGGGAUCACUGGCCGUUAACGACACAGUGGAAAUCCCAGUGCUAAAGGUGACCAAGAAAAUAAAGUCGGUGCAGAUGUUUCGGAAGCCGGUGUCGGGGGCCAUGCAGGGGGACCGUGUGGGUGUGUGCGUGACACAAUUCGACCCUAAACUGCUGGAGCGUGGCUUGGUGUGCACUCCGGGUUCCCUGCGCACCCUCUACGCAGCCAUCAUCUCCACCAGGAAGAUCGGAUACUUUAAGGGUUCCCUCGCCACCCGGGCCAAGUUCCACAUCACGGUGGGUCACGAGACGGUCAUGGCGAAGGUGACCUUCUUUGGCUUACCCCCUGCUGACACCAAACCGACUCCGUCAGAGCCGUCCUCACUGGAAACACCCUUCACCUUUGAGAGGGAGUAUUCCUACCAGGACGAAUACGUUAGCAGACAAAAAGAAGCGGCUUCGGGGCCCGACCCAGAACAGUGGGCUUUAUUGGAGUUUGAGCGUCCCGUCACAUGUCCUGCGCUCUGUCUGGUGAUCGGCUCCAAGCUGGACACGGAUAUCCACGCCAACGCGUGUCGGCUGGCCUUCCAAGGCCGCUUGCUGCACGGGUUUGAAGACAAAAGUUACGCCGAGACUUCUCUGCCUCAACUACGCAUCUUCAAGACCAAGCAUAAGGAGGGACAGGUGGAGAGGGUGACUGAUGAUUACUCUGUGAUCGGCCGCAGUCUGUUCAAAAAGGAGACCAACCUCCAGCUCUUUGUGGGGUUAAAGGUUACUCUGUCGACAGGGGAGAGUGGCGUUAUCGAGGGCGGGUUUGGACAGAGCGGGAAGUUCAAGAUCCGUAUUCAAGAGGGUCUUCGCCCGGAGACCAAGCAGCUGUUGUCCUCCUCCAAGAAGAAGGGGAAAAGCGGCAGCAAAGGCGGGCCGGCAAGCGAAGAGGAGCCCAAAACAGAGUCCCAGCCUGUUGGCAUUCACCUGCAUUUCAAGAGAUACGUGUUUGAUCCCCAUAAGAAGAUGGUUCAGUCCUGAUCCCCACAUGCUCCUCUGAUUCUUAGAAACAGGCCAUGAAAGCAGCUUCAGAGAUUUUGGAGCCUUUUUUUUCGGAAGAUAUAGAUAGUCUGCAGAAAUGCGAUGAUUGAGGAAUGUUGAACGCAUGUGAAACAGUGAUUGUUUUAUCUCUCUCUAAGGAGCUCGACCUAAUCCUGUUUGCUCCACCACAAGGGGAAAGCUGCUCUUUUUUUUUUUCCUAAUAGACGACUUUCAUUUAAUGAUCCAAAUCUGCUGAUGUUUACUAAAUUUUAUUUAUAGAUAUAUGAAAAAUAAUAAUUUUGUAAUUCCUCUGUCUUGAUCGACUAAAAUAAUCACUAGCAGAAAUGCAGAGCUCAGGUUGAUCUUUUGUUUACUUCCUGUGCGACCGUGCGUCUCAUCAGCAGCGAUAAUGCAAUGUUCCAGCUUCGUUAUUCACUGGCUCCUGCUUUAUCUCUGACUUGUCUUUGUCUCAAUUUCUUUCUUGUUUUUAUUUCCUCGUUAUGCAUUUGAAUGUCAGAUGACUGGUCAGGGUUUUUUUUUUGUUAGGGAAGUAAAAAAAAUUUAAAAUAAAAGUAUCAUUU